CCAAUCACACAUCGCGUGGUUUAAACCCGCAAAAUCCAAAUCGUUUUCACUCACAAACAAGAGCCAAGUCACUGAAAAGCCGACAGGAGAAUUCUUGAUCGAAAAACAGAACUUUUUAAGCAACAAUUUUAAGGUUUACUGCAAAGAACUCCACGUUUCAUUCAUCACAAAAUGGUUAAGACGCGCUCCAGACCUUUAACUUCGGUAUUUUAUAACAAAUCCAAGGACAACGCUUCGGACGAAAAUGGAGUUCCCGCACAGAUAACUUUUAAAACCGUUGAGCAAGGAAAGCGUUCGGCCGAAGGCUCUCCUGACAAUGUCCCCUCACGGAAGAGGGCUGCAUUCGGAGACAUCACAAACGCCACUUUUAACCAGCUAGGAGGAGAAAAAGGAGUGAAGAAGAAGCAGGCGAAAAGCGGCGUUGUUCGAAAGCAGACACAACAGCAAAGCAAAGCAAAGACUGCUGUAAAGGCAAAACCCAAGCAGAGAAAAAGUAAAGAUACUACACAGCCGUCAGUUUGUGAUCACGAACAGCAAACAAAAGCCGUGUCUCCAUCUGGUGCAAUUUUAAGUUCGCAAGAUUCAAUGGAAGAGUCGACAUCAUCUCAAGACUCGUUACAAAUACUAUCAAGUUGUAAUUCAGAUGCUGAUAAUAGUAACACUGAUGAUUCCAAGCAACAACAGAAGGAGGAAGUUGUACAGGCGGAAAAGUCAACAGAAGAUGAAGUGAUUGACAUUGAUGCUGACACAUCAGAUCCAGUUACAGUCUCUGAAUAUGCAAAUGAGAUCUUUGUGAACAUGAAGAGAAGAGAGACACUAUUCCCGCUAACAAAUUACAUGGAAACACAACAAGACAUCACUCCUCAAAUGCGAGCCAUAUUGGUGGACUGGCUGGUGGAAGUUCAGGAGUGUUUUGAACUGUACCAUGAGACUCUAUAUCUUGGGGUGAAACUUCUUGAUCAUUUCCUUGAGAGGAACACAAUUAAACGUGAUGAACUGCAGCUUGUUGGUGCUACAACUCUUAUUAUCUCCUCUAAAAUUGAGGAGCGCCACCCACCCUGCCUGGAUGACUUCAUCUACAUUUGCGAUGAUGCCUACCAACAACAGCAGUUUAUUGCAAUGGAGAGCAGAAUCAUUCGCAGCUUGGGAUUUGACAUAAACAUACCUAUUCCAUACAGAUUCCUUAGAAGAUAUGCCAAGGCUGCAUUUGCAAACAUAGAAACACUCACUCUGGCUCGCUUCCUUCUGGAAUCCUCCCUUCUUGAAAGUCGCUUUGUCGCAAACAGGGCAUCAUUCAUGGCAGCUUCGUGUCUACGCCUUGCAAUGUUGAUGAACAGUUGUGGUGAAUGGACACCCACUCUGAUACAUUACACGGGCUACACUGACAAUGAACUACGAGAUUGUGUGCUGCAGCUCAAUUCAAUGAACAGUGCACCAGCAAAUAAGAACUUGAUGACCGUGAAAAACAAGUAUUCACAUAAAGUGUUUCAUGAAGUGGCCAAGAUUCCAGCGCUGGACACAUUAACCAUUGAAAUAUAGAUUUUUAUUUUGUAAAUAGAAGUUCUUAUUAGUAUCCUUGUUCUAUUUCUAGGUAAAGUUGAGAAAAAAAAGUUGAAAGUGCCAUAGAUUUAAAUAUUAGUUCGUUUUACAUAAAAAAAAUUAUCAUUUUACAUGCAUAGAAUAACUGUAAGUGACCUCAACUGGAUUAUUAAAUAACUAUGUUUUUAACAAAGGAGAAAUUUUCCCUUUGCUAUUUACCAUUUUUUACAAUGAUGUUAUCCUUAAGCUUUAAGAGACACUUCCAUCCUAUUUUUUAAAGGGGAAAAACAUAUCUGUAUGUCACUGGCGAGUCCACAGCAAUGACCAGUUUGAUUUCAUAUUACAAAAUAUUGAGAUAAUGAUAAAUAACUGAUCAACGAAAAGGCAGAACUUUUUAAGCAACAAUUUUAAAGUUUAUUGCAGAGACCUUCACUUUGCAUUCAUCGCAAAAUGGUUAAGACGCACUCCAAGGUCACCGAUGACAGGCAUUCGACCACGUUUUCUUGACUUUAUUCCAUCUGAGUCCUAACAGUCUACGUUCUUGCUUGUUAUUCUUGCAACUGACCUUUGACUUCAUACAAACAGGAUAACACUUCAGACGAAAAUAGAGUACUCGCACAGAUGACUUUAAAAACCGUUGAGCAAGGGAAGCAAGGAAAGCGCUCGAUGUAAUUUUUAGCUUUAAGAGACAUUCCUGAGUUUGAUUUCAUGUUACUAAAUAUUGAGAUAAUGAUAAAUAACUGAUCAACGAAAAGGCAUAAAGUUUGACAAGUUUAACAUACCUUAGAUUUCACUUCAAAUUUUGAUUCAGUCACAAAAUGCAAGGCACUGAAAGAUGGCAUUCCACCGGAGUACAUUGCAUGCAGUUUGUAAAAUAUAUUCUCAGACCACCAAUUUUCUUACUCAAAUGCUUUAGACCUAUUACAAUAUUGUUGUAUAAUAAUGACACAGUAAAUAUUUGUUUCUAUAGUAUUUCUAACGAUCUAACUGAAAAAUAGAGAAAAUGAGGAAAACUAAUACAUCCAUGCUUUACGUUAUAUGCAACAGUUUCAGGAAGCCAAAUGGGGUAUGAACAAAAAUGCAUUGGUUUGGGCUAAUGUUCCUAAUGUAUCAAUCGAAGAAAUAACACCAGUACUUAAACACUGGACGGAAGGUAAUCGGCACUAAAAGCUUUACUAAGCUCUUUUAAUCUGUAAGUGUUUAUAUCUCCAUUUUGUGGACAAAAAAUCUGUAAAUAGAUACAAGAAUGGUAAUGUUGAGUGCCAGUAUAUUGACUUUAGCAAGUAUUCAAUGUAAAAUCAAGACUGCUUAGUCGCUGUUUCGCUUAGUCCAUCGUGUGUGACGCGAAUAAAAAAAACCGCGAGAAAAAAUCGCCGUGCGAUAGGAAGGUCUUCCGAGAAACGGCGCGUUUUCAAAGCGAUGCGCUUUCAAAAGACUCGUUUUCGAAUACCUAAGUUUCUCAUCAGCGCUUUUGGUAUAUGGGCGAAAACACGUCAAAAAGUAUGCGUUUUCAUACAAAAACGCUUUAGUCCAUCGUGCAUGACGCGAGCAAAGUAAGCGAAAGAGAGACUACUCAUAGUCUAAAGGACUGCAGACUGUAGACUUUUUUUAAACUGAAUUAUAUUACCAUUUCCAUAAUUGAGAGCUAACCGUAAACAGGCUAAACCGGUGCGUUAUUUGACUAAUUCAGGCUAACCUAUGUGAUAUUCAGGAUAACCUGUGUGAUAUUCAGGAUAACCUGAGUGAUAUUCAGGAUAACCGGAGCGAUAUUCAGGAUAACCGGAUUGAUAUUCAGGAUAACCGGAGUGUUAUUAUCCAACUGCAGCGAAUACCGUCCAAAUAACAGUACAAAUAUAC